GGGAUGCGGGGGACCGGAGGGCUCGCGGUUUGUUUGGGUUGUGGGCGGUGCGCGCACAGCCCGGGAAAAGCGGGAAAUGGCGGCGCCGAGCGCAGGACCCCGGUCCGCCUUCCCGCAAAAGGGGCUGAUGACCGCUGAUAGGGGGCGCAGGAUACUGGGAGUGUAUGGCAUGCAUCCUGACCAUCAGGAAGCUCUCAAAAAGAACCGAGUGGUGCUGGCCAAACAGCUGUUGCUGAGCGAACUGUUAGAACAUCUCCUGGAGAAGGACAUUAUCACCUUGGAAAUGAGGGAGCACAUUCAGGCCAAGGUGUGCAGUUUCAGCCAGAAUGUGGAACUCCUCAACUUGCUGCCCAAGAGGGGCCCCCAGGCUUUUGAUGCCUUCUGUGUGGCCCUGAGGGAGACCAAGCAGGGUCACCUGGAGGACCUGUUGCUCACAACCCUGGCUGGUCUUCAGCACAUACCCCCACCGUUGCGCUGCGACUACCACUUGCGUCUCCCUUUCCCGGUGUGUGAGUCCUGCCCCCCCCGCAAGCAGCGCCGCCUGUCCCCAGAUACAGUGGAACACUCCCUAGACCAUGGAGAUGGGCCUCCCAGCCUUCAGGUGAAGUCUUGCACUCCUGAGUUUUAUCAAGCGCACUACCAGCUGGCCUAUAGGUUGCAGUCUCGGCCUCGUGGCCUGGCACUGGUGCUGAGCAACGUGCACUUCACUGGCGAGAAAGACUUGGAAUUCCGCUCUGGAGGGGAUGUGGACCACAGCACUCUAGUCACCCUCUUCAAGCUCUUGGGCUACAAAGUUCAUGUUCUUCUUGACCAGACUGCACAGGAAAUGCAAGAGAAGCUCCGGGAUUUUGCCCAGCUACCCGCUCACCGUGUCAUGGACUCCUGCAUAGUGGCGCUCCUCUCCCACGGCAUGGAGGGCGGUGUCUAUGGCGUGGACGGCACGCUGCUUCAGCUACAAGAGGUUUUCCGGCUGUUUGACAAUGCCAACUGCCCGAGCCUACAGAACAAACCGAAAAUGUUCUUCAUCCAGGCCUGCCGUGGAGGUGCUAUCGGAUCCCUUGGGCACCUCCUUCUGUUCACUGCUGCCACCGCCUCUCUUGCUCUGUAAGUGUCUCCCAAUGCAUGGGGUGUGCUGGGACUUGGGCAGCCCCUGGCUCUCAGGUUGGUCAGCCCUGUGCACCUGCCACAUCCUGUCCUGCCAGACGCUCUCUGCCAGUGUCUUCGCCUUCUUUCCUGAGGACGCUUCCUUCUUUCUGUGCUUAUUAACGCUGAUGCGCUUUUUUGGUUACUUAUUCCAGUUAAGGAUUUUCCGGCUGUCUCUGCUUCCUAGCCCUCUCACUUUAUGCUCUUCCUCUUUUUUUUCUCCACCUCUCCUCCCCCUUUCCACCUUCUCCUUUUACUUCUCGUCUCAGCUACACUGCGUUCUCGUCUCCUCCCUUCUCUGUGUCACUCACGUGUCACACAGGAAAGCAGCGCAGAAGCCCCGUGUCAGCCUCUGGCUCGUGCUCUUCCGUGAGCUGCUGCCGCCCCUCUUCUUUCUUGCACGCAGUCUCUUUUACCCCUUGAAGAGCCAGGACUCCCCGACUAGGCUCAGAAGACAUGGAGGCCUGCCUCUCAUCUUGGAGGAAAACAGUAAUAACUAAAAGCUCUAAAUGUGGAGUCCAAUUCUGCCUCUACCACUGACUAGUUAUGUCAGGUUAGAGAAGUUGCUCGAUGUCCCUGCACCUGAGUUUCCUCAGUAUAAAAUGUAGAUAAUCAUCAGACCUACUUCAUAAGGUCAGGCUGUUGUGAUGCUUAAGUGAAAUGGUUCGUAUGAAGGACUUACUUAGCACAGUACCUGGCCCAUAGGAGAUCCGCGGAAAGUACCUGCUCUGACUGUUAGGACAUGAUCCGUGCCCCUAAGGGGCUUGUAGUUUGAUUUAAAGGUCACUUUGUCCAAGCAUUCAAAUAAUACAUUUUUUACAUGGGUGUGGAGUAACAGAUAGAUCCUUUCAGGGAAAAGGGGGGAAUGCAGUGACAAGCAUACCAAGAUUAAAAAGAUAUCCCCUUCCCCCCGCUAAAGAAAAGGUGUGCUGAGCCAGAAGUAUGCCCGAAUCUAAUUUAAAAACCGCAUCUGCAUCAGUCGUAUGUAAUGGGAUGCGGCUGACCACGUGAUCAUAGACCUUUAGCUACAGCUUAGAUUUUGGACUUCGGACUUUGACAGAUAAUAGUACAGAGCUAUUGGGAGCUUAAGUAAGAAAUAAUGCGAUAAAUUUUUUUUCAGGACGAUUACCAUGGCAGGGAAAAGUGCUAAGAAAACAGUAUGUGCAGGCAAGAGCUUACUUUUUUAUGCACCUGCUGUAUCCCCAGUCUCAGAGCACUACCUGAUAUGUAGUAGCACUUCAUAAAUAUUGAAUGAAUGGAUGGAAAUUAACCUGCCUAAAAAGCGUAGCAAUAAUAUAAAAAACAUAUAUGGGGAUACUGUGAAAAAAACCAUUGAUUGAUUAACAGAUCUGAGACACAAAGACAAGGGAGGAGGCUCCUUUCUCUUGAGGGACACAUUCAGCUUGGCCUAUUUCCCUUAGGAGGUGUCACUAGCAAAGUAAAAGGAAAUAAACAUGUUCAUGAUCAUUUUCUCCUCCUGUGUUCAGAGAUUAUAUACAAAUAAUAGACCUGGAUAGGGAAGAAUUGCGCUCUUCUGGGCUAACGUGAAUCUUCUCUCUACAAUUAAAUCCUUCAAGGCAUGACCAGUAGCCAGCUCUUCCUUUGAAAGCCUGAGCUCAACUGUCUUCCGCUCUAUUCAGUUAACAUAAUUGAUGCCUGUUAGAAGGACCACCCCACCCCGGAUGACUGGCUCCUAAACUGGAGUGUAAGCUCCAGAACAGCAGGGACUUUUCACUAUAUCCCUAGGGCCUCAAACAAAAACAGUGCCUGGCAUAUGGAAGUUGCUCAGUAAAUUUUUAUUGGAUCAGUGAACCUUGGUCAUUUUCUGCACAGACCUUCAAGCCUCACUCCCGUUUCAGGCUGUCUUGGGGGUCCUAUGGAGAGGGAGGUGUAAGAAAGCAUACUUACUCCUUCAGCUUCGGCGUGACAGCCGUGUGUCCUGUGUCUCUCCUAUGACCCCCACGACAACAGCAUCAGAAAGAGAACAUGUCUUGGGGUAGAUAAGGCCUAGGUCAGGAGGUUGGACAUGUGCUCAGGGUAUGUUGAGAAUCUACUGCUAAUAUUGAAUAAUAGUGUUCUUUUUACAUUGUGUAGGAGAAAAUAGUCAAAUUAUCCCAAUUUUAAGUUUCUUUAAAUUUCUCAAAUUUUGCACGCCAGCUACAACUUGGCUUAUGAAAUUAAUAAACAAUAAAUGAUUUAAAAAUACCCAGAACACCCUGAAAACAGCUGAUCAUGCUUAGUUUUAUAAUUUGUUUAUUGAUAGAUUUGAGGUUGUAGUUUUCAUAUGGCAUAAAUGUAGUAAUCAUAUUUUUGGUUUCUUUUUUUUUUACAUAAUAAAACGAAAUAUAUCAAUAUUUUAUUGUGUAUUGCAAUAAGGAGCACUUUGACUUCCAGGAAUAUUGACAAUUGAACAAGUGAAUCAUGGACACAGAUGGCUUUUCAUUCUGUUUACAAGGAGUAUUUGGUUCAGCACUUGCCCUGUCUUACACAGCGUGGACAGAGCUCGGACUGUGUGUAUGUGCGUGUGCUUGGGCGCGGUGUCUGGCCUGUCAUGGGCACCCUCUGUGUGAUCGGUGUACUCUGGCGGAGGAAUGGGAGUAAUGGUGUUCGUUUGUUUGUUUGUUUGUUUUUUAAUUCAUCAGCCACAGGUUGGAGGCAACAGCUGGAAAUGGUUCUUCCCAGUCAAGGUUGCAGGGAACUCGGGCUUGCCUGUGACAGGCCCAAGAGAGGAAAUAACAUCUCUGUCCACUCUGUCUGCCUUUGUACAGAUGAGACGGAUCGUGGGGUCGACCAGCAAGACGGGAAGAACCAUGAGCGAUCCCCUGAGUGCGAGGAGAGCGAUGCCAGUAAAGAGGAGGGGCUGAAGAUGCGACUGCCCACUCGCUCGGACAUGAUUUGUGGCUACG